CGGCUCUUUUGUUCGUUUUUCAUCAAAGAUAAACACAGGUCGCAGUUUCGUCACUGCCCUCAUUAACAAAUAUAUUGAAUACGACGAUGCUGGAAAGAUACAAGAAAAUGAAGAGACAUAUGAUGCCCAAAAGGAUUUAGAUACGCUUUAUUGGGCAGGAAAUACUAAAAUAGAGGUUGAAGCAUUAGGAUGGGACAAAAUUCGCCGUAAACAACGGUAG